UUAAACCUGUCCUCUCGCUGUGAUUGGCUGGAUGCACGUCGCUCGCGGCUGCUGCCAACUAUGGAAACGAAGCGGGUCGCGCGCGCGGCUCCACCCCCAGGUGUCGCGGGGCGGUUUAAAUAGUGUGGAAGAAGGAAGGACCAAAUCCUCAUCAUCGUCAUCAUCAGUUCAUUUACCUGACAUGAUUUUCUCAUAUCCCUGGUUUUGAGCCUCCAUUCUGCUGCUCUGAGGGCUGAAGCACUGCACACAGGUCAGAGGUCAACCCGACACCCAUCGACCCACCAGAGGCUGACCCAGUCGCCAGUGUCGAUCCACACGUCAGCUCCACCGCCUCUGAACCGCCAGCGAUCCAGACCGAUUCAUCCGCUAACGGCGAUACUUCCAACAUGGCUGACCCGGCCCCCGACGAUGCCAAGUUCCUCUUCUUGGAUAAUGACUUUCGCAACAGCGGGGUGGCGCAAGCCGAUUGGACGGCCAAGAAGAUGGUGUGGAUACCGUCGGAGAAGGAGGGCUUCGAGGCUGCCAGCAUAAAGGAGGAGAAGGGUGAUGAGGUGCUGGUGGAGCUCUCCAACGGUCAGAAGAUGACGGUGAACAAAGACGACAUCCAGAAGAUGAACCCGCCAAAGUUCAGCAAGGUGGAGGACAUGGCCGCCCUCACCUUCCUCAACGAGGCCUCCGUCCUCCAAAACCUGCGAGAGAGAUACUUCUCCAGCCUGAUCUAUACGUACUCAGGUCUGUUCUGUGUGGUGGUGAACCCUUACAAGAUGCUGCCCAUCUACUCUGAGAAGAUCAUUGAGAUGUAUAAGGGCAAGAAACGCCACGAGGUGCCGCCUCACAUCUACUCCAUCACAGACAACGCCUACAGGAACAUGAUGCAAGACCGUGAGGAUCAGUCUAUUCUCUGCACAGGUGAGUCUGGAGCGGGGAAGACGGAAAACACCAAGAAGGUGAUUCAGUACCUGGCUGUCGUCGCCUCGUCACACAAGGGCAAGAAGGACGCGACCCCUCAGCCGCAGCAGGCAGGAUCUCUGGCAUACGGGGAGCUAGAGAAGCAGCUGCUGCAGGCCAAUCCCAUCCUGGAAGCAUUCGGAAACGCCAAAACCAUCAAGAAUGACAACUCCUCACGAUUUGGAAAGUUCAUCAAGCUCAACUUCGAUGUGACCGGUUAUAUUGUCGGGGCCAAUAUUGACACCUACCUGCUGGAGAAGUCUCGCUGUAUCCGUCAGAGCAUGACUGAGAGAGCCUUUCACAUCUUCUACUACAUGGUGGCCGGAGCCAAAGACAAGCUGAGGGAGGAGCUUCUGCUGGAGGACUUCAGCUGCUACCGUUUCCUGGUGGCCGGCCACGUGGAGAUCUCCGGUCAGGAGGAUGACGAGAUGUUCAUUGAGACUCUGGAGGCAAUGGAGAUCAUGGGCUUCACUGAGGAGGAGAGAAUGGGGAUGAUGAAGGUGGUGUCCACUGUGCUCCAGCUGGGCAACAUCAAAUUUGAGAAAGAGAGGAACAGCGAGCAGGCCACCAUGCCCGACGACACGGCUGCUCAGAAGGUGUGUCACCUGCAGGGCAUCAACAUCACCGACUUCAUCCGAGCCAUCCUCACUCCUCGAAUCAAAGUGGGCCGGGAGGUGGUGCAGAAGGCACAGACCAAGCAGCAGGCUGAUUUUGCGGUGGAGGCUCUGGCUAAGGCCAUGUACGAGCGCCUGUUCCGAUGGAUCCUGGCCAGAGUCAACAAGACGUUGGACAAGAGCAAGAGGCAGUCGUCCUCCUUCCUGGGCAUCCUGGACAUCGCUGGCUUUGAGAUCUUUGAGGACAACUCCUUCGAGCAGCUCUGCAUCAACUACACCAACGAGCGUCUGCAGCAGCUCUUCAACCACACCAUGUUCGUCCUGGAGCAGGAGGAGUACAAGCGAGAGGGCAUCCAGUGGAGCUUCAUCGACUUCGGCCUGGACCUGCAGCCCUGCAUCGAGCUCAUCGAGAGGCCGAACAACCCUCCUGGCAUACUGGCCCUGCUGGACGAGGAGUGCUGGUUCCCCAAAGCCACCGACGUCUCCUUCGUGGAGAAACUGCUGAACACUCACACCGGUCACGUUAAAUUCUCCAAACCCAAACAACACAAAGAUAAACUGAUGUUCACUGUUCUGCACUACGCUGGUAAGGUGGACUAUAAUGCAGCUAACUGGUUAACUAAGAACAUGGAUCCUCUGAACGACAACGUGACGGCUCUGCUCAACAACUCCUCCAGCAACUUCAUCCAGGACCUGUGGAAAGACGCGGAUCGAGUGGUGGGUCUGGAGACCAUAACCAAGAUGUCAGAGAGUUCGGCGCCCCCGAAAUCCAAGAAAGGUAUGUUUCGCACAGUGGGUCAGCUGUACAAGGAGUCUCUGGGCAAGCUGAUGACCACGCUGCACAACACGCAGCCCAACUUUGUCCGCUGCAUCAUCCCCAACCACGAGAAGAGGGCUGGGAAGAUGGACUCCAACCUGGUGCUGGAGCAGCUCAGGUGUAACGGCGUGCUGGAGGGCAUCAGAAUCUGCAGGCAGGGAUUCCCCAACCGCAUCGUGUUCCAGGAGUUCAGACAGAGAUAUGAGAUCCUGGCUGCCAAUGCCAUCCCAAAGGGCUUCAUGGAUGGGAAGCAGGCGUGCUGUCUGAUGGUGAAGCACCUGGAUCUGGAUCCUAACCUGUAUCGUAUCGGUCAGAGUAAGAUGUUCUUCAGGACGGGAGUCCUGGCCCAGCUGGAGGAGGAGAGGGACCUCAAACUGACCGUCGUCAUCAUCGCCUUCCAGGCACAAGCAAGAGGCUUCCUGGCCCGCAAAGCUUUCAGUAAACGUCAGCAGCAACUGACUGCCAUGAAGGUGAUCCAGAGGAACUGCGCCUGCUACCUCAAACUCAAGAACUGGCAGUGGUGGAGGCUCUUUACCAAGGUGAAGCCCCUGCUGCAGGUCACCCGACAAGAAGAAGAAAUGGGUCAGAAAGAUGAGGAGCUAAAGGCAGCAAAGGAGGUGGCGGCCAAGGUGGAGACCGAGCUGAAGGACAUCACCCAGAAACACACCCAGCUGAUGGAGGAGCGAGCCCAGCUGGAGAUGAAGCUGCACGCGGAGACAGAGCUCUACGCUGAGGCGGAGGAGAUGAGGGUGCGGCUGGAGGCCAAGAAGCAGGAGCUGGAGGAGGUGCUGCACGAGAUGGAGUCUCGGCUGGAGGAGGAGGAGGACCGCAGCAACGCCCUGCACAACGAGAGGAAGGAGAUGGAGCAGCAGCUGCAGCUGAUGGAGGCCCACAUAGCAGAGGAGGAAGACGCUCGUCAGAAGCUGCAGAUGGAGAAAGUGUCUGUGGAGGGAAAAGUCAAGAAACUGGAGGAGGACAUUCUGAUGAUGGAGGACCAGAAUAACAAACUGCAGAAGGAGCGAAAGCUUCUGGAGGAGCGGCUGGCUGACAUGAGCUCUAACCUGGCAGAGGAGGAGGAGAAGUCCAAGAACCUGUCCAAACUCAAGACCAAACACGAGUCCAUGAUCUCAGAGCUGGAGUUGCGCAUGAAGAAGGAGGAGAAGGGUCGCCUGGACAUGGAGAAGGCCAAGAGGAAGGUGGAGGCGGAGCUGGGCGACCUGCAGGAGCAGCACGCCGACCUGCAGGCCCAACUAGCCGAACUCCGAGCCCAGCUGGCCGCCAAGGAAGAGGAGCUGCAGGCCACGCAGGCCCGUUUGGAGGAGGAGUGCAACCAGCGUGGGGCGGCAGUGAAGCGAGUUCGGGAGUUGGAGGUUUUGAUCUCGGAGCUGCAGGAGGACUUGGAGGCGGAGAGGGCGGCCAGGGGGAAGGUGGAGGCGGCCCGGCGAGACCUCGGAGAGGAGCUGAACGCUCUGCGCACCGAGCUGGAGGACAGCCUGGGUACCACCGCCGCCCAGCAAGAGCUAAGGGCCAAGCGUGAGCAGGAGGUGAGCAUGCUGAAGAAAGCCAUGGAGGAUGAGGGGCGGAGCCACGAGGCCCAAGUCCAGGACCUGAGACAGAAACACAGCCAGGCUGUGGAGGAGCUCACUGAGCAGCUGGAGCAGGCCAAGAGGGUGAGAGCUGGUCUGGAGAAAGCCAAGCAGGCUCUGGAGAAGGAGUCUGCAGAUCUGAGCGCUGACCUGCGAUCCCUCGCCAGCGCCAAACAGGACGUGGAGCACAAGAAGAAGAAGGUGGAGGGCCAGCUGAACGAGUUGAACUCGCGCUUCAACGAGAGCGAGCGGCAGAGGACCGAGCUCGGGGAGCGAGUCUCCAAGUUGACUACGGAGCUGGACAGUGUGACGGGUCUGUUGAACGAGGCAGAAGGAAAGAACAUCAAGCUGAGCAAAGACGUCUCCAGUCUGUCCUCCCAGCUCCAGGAUGCACAGGAGCUGCUGUCAGAGGAGACCCGACAGAAGCUGAAUCUGUCUGGACGUCUGCGUCAGACGGAGGAGGACAGGAACAGCCUGAUGGAGCAGCUGGAGGAGGAGACGGAGGCCAAGCGGGCCGUGGAGAGGCAGGUCUCUAGCCUCAACAUGCAGCUGUCGGACUCCAAGAAGAAGCUGGACGAGAUGUCGGGCACGGUGGAGGCGCUGGAGGAGGGGAAGAAGCGUCUGCAGCGCGAGCUGGAGGCGGCCAACAGCGACUACGAGGAGAAGGCGUCGGCCUACGACAAGCUGGAGAAGAGCCGCGGCCGGAUGCAGCAGGAGCUGGAGGACGUCCUCAUGGACCUGGACAGCCAGCGGCAGCUCGUCUCCAACCUGGAGAAGAAGCAGAAGAAGUUUGAUCAGAUGCUGGCAGAGGAGCGCGCCGUGUCCUGUAAGUUUGCGGAGGAGCGGGAUCGGGCGGAGGCGGAGGCGAGGGAGAAGGAAACGCGCGUCUUGGCUCUGGCCAGAGCGCUGGAGGAAAACCAGGGCGCUCUGGAGGAGGCGGAGAAGACCAUGAAGGGGCUCCGCGCUGACAUGGAGGACCUCAUCAGCUCCAAGGAUGACGUGGGGAAGAGUGUCCACGACCUGGAGAAGGCCAAGCGCGGUCUGGAGGCCAUCGUGGACGAGAUGAGGACUCAGAUGGAGGAGCUGGAGGACGAGCUGCAGGUGGCCGAGGACGCCAAGCUGCGUCUGGACGUCAACACUCAGGCUCUCCGAGCGCAGCACGAGAGGGAGCUGCACGCCCGCGAUGAGCUGGGCGAGGAGAAGAGGAAGCAGCUGCUCAAACAGGUGCGUGAGCUGGAGGCGGAGCUGGAGGAGGAGAGGAAGCAGCGAGGUCAGGCAUCGGGCAGCAAGAAGAAGCUGGAGGGGGAGCUGAAGGACAUGGAGGACCAACUGGAGGCCACCAGCAGGGGGCGCGACGAAGCUGUCAAGCAGCUCCGCAAGAUCCAGGGCCAGGUGAAGGAUCUCCAGAGGGACCUGGAGGACUCGCGGGCGGCCCAGAAGGAGGUCCUGGCCUCAGCCAGAGAGUCUGAGCGCAGAUCCAAGGCCAUGGAGGCGGACAUCGUCCAGCUGCACGAGAUGUUGGCAGCAGUCGAGAGAGCUCGUAAGCAGGCCGAGGUGGAAAGAGACGAGCUGUCUGAAGAGCUGGCCAGUAACUCUUCUGGAAAAUCGCUAAUGUCGGAUGAGAAGCGUCGCCUGGACACUAAGAUCAGCCAGCUGGAGGAGGAGCUGGAGGAGGAGCAGGCCAACGUGGAGAGCCUCAAUGACCGGCUGAGGAAGAGCCAGCAGCUGGUGGAGCAGCUGGGUGCAGAGCUGGCGGCGGAGCGCUCCACCUCCCAGAGCCGCGAGGGAUCCAGACAGCAGCUGGAGAGGCAGAACCGAGAGCUGAAGGCCAAGAUGCAGGAGAUGGAGGGCCAGGGCCGCUCCAAACUCAAAGCCUCCAUCGCCGCCCUCGAGGCCAAGCUGAGAGAGGCAGAGGAGCAGCUGGAGAUUGAGAGCAGAGAGCGUCAGGCCAACGGCAAGAAUCUGCGUCAGAAAGAGAAGAAGCUGAAGGAUUUGACCAUCCAGAUGGAGGACGAGAGGAAGCAGGCGCAGCAGUACAAAGACCAGGCGGAGAAGGGCAACGUGCGGGUGAAGCAGCUGAAGCACCAGCUGGAGGAGGCGGAGGAGGAGGCUCAGCGCAUGGCAGCAGCUCGCAGGAAGCUGCAGCGGGAGCUGGACGAGGCCACCGAGGCCAACGACACGCUCAGCAGAGACAUGGCUUCGCUCCGGAGCAAACUCAGACACUACUGAUCUGCAAACUUUCCUCAAAGCAUGCUGGGAAUAUUCUCCUCUUUUUCUACGGGCUCUUUUAACUUCCGUUUCCUCAUCGCUCUCCUAAUGCCUCCAGUUUACACCUGCUGCAAGAUUUCAGGGGCUUCAGCUUUCUUAUUUUUUUUUUUUCGCUUUGCAACAAGCCACCUUCCUCUAUCCUUCCUCUCCUUCUGACCCCUCGCCCGUUCCUCCUCUUCAUCUUCCUCCUGAUGUGUCGGCUGUUCCCAGGCGCGGCGG